AUGUUGAAUGUUUGGACCCCAAUAUUGCAGAGAUUCGAUGCUACAAGCAAAACGCUACAGUCAAAAGAUAUAAAUUUAUCUAUUGUUGUUUCAUUAUAUGAAUCGUUAGAAUUAUAUGUACAAGAUUAUAGAAAACUAUUUGAUGACAUUUUAAAUAAAUCUAAAGAACUCUGUGGAAAAUUAACAUUUUCAUGGGAAAAAUCAAGAGUUAUAAAGAAGAAAAGACAUUUUGAUGAUUCAAAUUCUGUGGAUACUGUACAUCAUGGAGAGGAUAAAAUGAAGAAUGAUACUUUUUAUGUUAUAAUUGACACUUUAUCUUCGAAUUUAUGUGAAAGAAAAAAAGCAUAUAUAAAUGUCCAUUCAAAUUUUGGAUUCUUAAGUAAUUUAACUAAUUUAGAUUCUUUGACACUGCGAAGGAAGGAAUUGCAUAUUGUAAAUAUAUACAACGAAGAUAUAGACACAUCAUUUAUUGAAGAAAUAGUCCAAUUUAAAAAAAUUGCUAUUUCAUUUUCAAAAGAAGAUUUAACAAUAAAUGGUUUAUUCACAAAAUUAUCUAAUUCCCCUUUGGCAUUAACUUUUCCUAAUGUUUUAAUUAUCUUAAGGAUAUAUGCAUGUAUGCCAUGUUCCAACGCAAGUGGUGAGAGAUCAUUCUCUGUUCUCAGAAGAAUUAAAAAUUACCUACGAUCAACACUUUCACAAGAAAAAACGUCUUCCUUGACACUAUUAUGUAUUGAAAAUGAUAUUCUCAGAAAUAUAGACUGGUCAGAUACAAUUCAAAAAUUUUUAUCAGUAAAAAUACGUAAGAAAAACUUUAAAUAA